AUGGCGCUUUCCAUCCGCCUUUCUCACGAUGAGGCGACGCCAUUUACACCUGGUUCCGCGGUUCUGGGCGUGGUCAAGCUCACCACUCAUGAAGAGCAAAUCAUUGAGUCUUUGGAUAUCGACUUCAGAGGUCUGACUAAAGUCUUGCUAAACCAGAAUUACGGUGAUCUUGUAGUCUCCAGAACAGACUAUGUUUCUAAGAGCUAUCUCUUCAGCCGGCACUUGAGUCUAUAUGGUGGCGAUUCCAUUCAAUACAAAGGGACCUACGCUUGGCCCUUUGCCUUUCGGAUUCCCUUAUUUGCAGCUCCUCGAGCUGUAAUACCCGGGUCGAAAGAGUCGUUCUUUCCAAAGUACCCAUGGAAAGGAGAUCUAGCCCUGGAUGUUCACCCCCUACCACCGACUAUGGUGCAAACUGGCAAAUUUGUUUGCACUGUGCAAUAUGUCCUUGAAGCCACGCUCCUGCAGCGGCCUGCCGCCCCCAACCACCGAAAAAGCAAGGACAAUAAGGUACAGGCAUCAAAGAGAAUAUCUGUACAGAACUUGGAAAUGCCCUCUCCUACAUAUUCUGGAAGUGAUGUGCCGUAUAUUAUUCAUCGUCACAAAAUGCCUUCCCCUUCUGCGGAAUCCUCACAUCGAUCCGUCCAACGCCUGCUUCCAAUCUUCAGAAAGGGUCUGUGCCCUAAGUCCGAAGUCAAUAUUCGCUUCUCGGUCUUUCUUCCCAAGAAACUCGAAAUAAAAGAGCAGCAAUCGCUGUCCAUCCCAGUUUCCUGCACAAUGGACAGUUCUCCGGCUGGUCAGGAAUUAUUGUCGUCAGCAGUGGACCGGUGUCCGAAUCUUAUCAUCUACUCCUUCAAACUCACACUAGUUCAGCAUACGCAUGUGCGAGCAGGAUGCCAUACCAGCUCAUUAAAGAAACGGAUCUUCACUCGGAAAGGAUCAGGUAUCCUAUCUAUCGCCUAUACCAAUACAUCUGCAUCUCAACCGGUGGGGAAUACGCCAACUUCAUCUGUCAAUCUCUGUGAUAAUGCAGAUCUGUCUGUUCCGGCUGGGUUACUGGGCGCUGACUUUUCAACUUACAACAUUGCUCGAUGUCACAGCCUCGAAGUCUUCUUUUGGAUGAAAUACGAAAGAAAGAAGCACAAGUUUACUUUACGUGAUGUCCCCAUCCAAGUUGUACCACAGUAUAGCAGUGAGCUUGAGAGGCGGCUGAGUGAGGGCGUGGAGGAAGACGAUGUCUACGGGUGCGACCUCGCUGGCAUCCAGUGGCGAGACUAUACAGGCAGUGCCAGUGGUAUGACUUCCGGAGUGGCGGGGAUCUCACAAGCUGUGAUAGAAGACUCUGGUGGCGAUGGCGAUGUGAUUCCAGCGACUCCACCACCUGCGUACACUGUUUAG